AUGUGUAUGCGCACAAACAAAAAGAACCCAGCUCGGAUAACGGACAGGGUCAACGACUACUGAAGAGGUUGCUAGACGCAACGAAAAUUUUAGGGAAAAUAAAUAAGUAAAUGAGUGGAAACUUUACCGAUGAGUGUGUUUAAUAACAAGGCACUAAAAGAGACCUACCCUCUCCGGACACAACAAAACAAACGAUAUAUAUGUGUGUAUAUAUCUAUACAUAUUUAUACUCAUGGGAGACAACUCUGGAUGCAUUUCAGUCAAACGUUAUCCUUUCAGAGAGGGCACCGUGUUUACAACUGAUCCGAAGAGGUCCAGUAAAAUGACUACGUUCAUCCCUAAAAUUGAGAAGCUUUCAUCAUGUGUUACCCGUAUUCUUGGAUGCAAUCCAGGCCAAAUGACACUUCAGGGUACAAAUACAUAUUUAGUUGGUAAAGGAGAUAGCAAAAUACUGAUUGAUGCUGGUGAAGAGAAUAACUCUGAAUAUAUUUCACUGCUUCAGACAGAGCUGAAGACGAAUAAAUGGUUUAUUAGUGAUAUUAUCGUCACUCACUGGCAUGGUGACCACGUUGGUGGUGUAGCUAAUAUUCUGCAAGAUGUACAAGAAGCUUCCUCUGCAAAAGUACAUAAAUUUCCCAAACUUCAACCUCCUGAAAGUUAUGUUGGUGCUGCUCCAUUGAACUUCAUCAAAGACAAACAAGUGUUUUCUGCAGGAGGUGUAUCAAUGCAAGCAUUCCACACACCUGGACACUCUGAAGACCAUAUAAUACUUGAACUGAAAGAAGACGGAGUAGUUUUUUCAGGAGAUAAUGUCCUUGGUGAAGGAACUACAGUUAUGGAAGAUCUAUAUCAUUUCAUGAAAUCACUGCAGGUUAUCCUUGAUUUAAAGCCGUCUCUUAUUUAUCCUGGUCAUGGUCCAGUGAUCUGCGACCCAAUACCAUUUGUAGAAAAUUAUAUUCAACACAGACAUAAGAGAGAAUCUCAAAUAUUAAACCAGUUGAAAGAAAACCGAGGAAAUAUGUUGACAGUUGAAGAAAUUAGAGAGAAAGUGUAUAAGGAUCUUGCAGCCUCUCUGCAUACGCCUGCUGAGAUGAACAUAAACUUACACCUUGGAAAACUUUUGAAAGAAAACAAAAUUGAUUCUGUUGAUGAUGGUAAUGUGAAAAAGUGGAAAGUGUCUGAAGAAAUGAAGCCUAAUUUGUAAUAUGAAUACAUACAUCAGCAAAAAUGAGUUCGAUCAUUUCUUCUGUGUGUGUCUGUUUGUCUGUCUCGCGUAUACAUGAAUGCACUUGCGUGAGAAUUGUCUCCCUUUGAAUCGUAUUUAUCGUUCUGAGAUGACGAACCUGUAAAUUAACAAUAACUAUUUUAUCUGUUGAGUUCUGUUGUAGAAUGUUUCAUUGUCAAUGCGAAAGAUGGUAUCAUUCGUAUGCCAAAACAAGGCGAAACGAGUUGUAACCAGUAAUGUAUAACAACAUCAGAUGAUAUAGUUUUAUACUUUCGUAUUAACAUUUCUCGAAUUUGUUAUAAGAAAUUCAAGUCCAGUUUAGUUCUUUAUGAAAUAAGAAGCUUGUGUUAGUCUGCUGUUAAGAAGCCAAUUUGCUAUAUGAAAUUCUAUUUUGAUAUACAUGUUACUUAUAUACACAUGUACUUUGUUUUGCAUAAAUAAAAGAAAUCAAAUCAAUUU